AGUUAUGGAGGUAAGAGAACGAUUCAAUAUAAGUAUGAUAAUAUUUCACUUCUAUUGAAAUGUAUUCUACUGAGUGGGUGAUGAGAUUGAGGGACUGAAAAUGGUUAACGUUGUAACAGCAUAUGGUUGGUUGUUGCAUUGGCUACUGAGGGCGGUGGGGUUGACACCUUAUAUGGUGGAGAUAGAGCCAGGGACGGUUAUAAAAUUCUGGGGGCCAUGCGACGCCGUCUCGAGCGCCAAAUGCCUUUCUUCCAAACCAGUGGUGGUUCUCCUGCACGGCUUCUGCGGCGACGGAAUCAUCAACUGGCAGUGUCAGGUAGCAGCUUUGACGAGAGACUACGCGGUCUAUGUUCCGGACCUUCUCUUCUUCGGUGGAUCCGUCACCGAUAAGGCGGAACGGUCGCCGGAGUUUCAAGCGGAGUGUUUGGCGGCAGGGUUGGGGAAGCUCGGGGUGGAGAAGUGCGUUUUGGUUGGGUUCAGUUAUGGAGGGUUUGUGGCGUUGAAAAUGGCUGAGAUGUACGCUGAGAUGGUGGAGGGUGCAGUGGUGUCUGGCGCCGUUGUGGCUAUUACGGAUUCUGUAGUUUUGAGAGCAGUGGAAGGGAUUGGGUAUUCGUCGUGUUCGGAGAUGUUGUUGCCGGUGUCCGUUGGGGAACUGAAGACCCUUCUUUCCGUUGCUUGUUACAGAAACCUCUCCUUACCCAACCGUUUCUACGCAGACUUCUUACAGCACAAUGAAUUGCAGGCAAUGUACUCAAAUAGGAAGGAGCGAGCUGAGCUGUUGGAGGCCUUAGUCAUUAGCUACAAAGAGAUCAAAAUCCCAAAAUUUCACCAGCGAAUACAUCUUCUAUGGGGUGAGGAUGACAAAAUUUUUAAAGUAGAGUUUGCGCAGAAAAUGAAAGAGAAGGUGGGAAAUAAUGCAACAUAUGAAGGCAUAAAGAGUGCGGGUCACCUGGUUCACCUGGAGCGACCCUGGCUCUAUAAUAAGAGCCUCAAGCAAUUUCUUUCCUCUGUUUUUCCAUUGCCAGGUGCCAAAAACUGACCAAAGUACGUGCCAGAUGAUGAGUUUACAUAGCAAAAUCUGAUUUCAAAAACAAUCUAUAAGUUUGGGAAAUUUAUCUAUUCAAAGUUGUGAUUUCGUUGCAAGACAUUAUGUGGAGUGUUUAUUUGUUUUUAUUUUAAGAAAAAUAAAAACGAGUAUGAACAAUUUUGACU